AUGGUUGCUAUCCAAGAAAUUAGAUGGCAAGGAACGGGAUCCUUAGACAUUAAUAAUCAUACCAUUUUCUAUGGGGAUUGUGAUGAUCGACGACAAUUUGGUACGGGAAUAAUAUUUCUUAAGUCAAUAGUACCAAACGUAAUCGAAUUUAAGACAUUUAGCCCAAGAAUAUCACUAUUAACAAUUAAAGCGUACUGGUUUAAUCUCACAAUAAUUAGUGUUCAUGCCCCUACUGAGGAAAAGACCCAAGAAAAAAAAGACGACUUCUAUGAUGAAUUAACGAACGUAUUAGAUGGAAUGCCUAAUAACAGAAUAGUGGUUAUAUUAGGAGAUAAAAACUAA